GUUUUAUUUUUUAGAUUAUAUAUAAUUAAUGACAAGAGCAAGUCUCAUAUAGCAACUUCUUAAUUAUAUACCAAUACAUUAGAAUUAAUUUUUUAUGUUUCUAUUUUUGCAAAAUGCAUUUUGAUUUGGAGAUUUAAUUUUUGGCAUGAUAGAUUAUAAUACACAUUUCAGGAAACAAUUGCAUCCUAAUGCAAUUACGAAGAAGUUCGAGGUCGACAGACCAGCAAAAAUCCCCUAAUGCCAUGUCUUCUGAUGGGGCAACAGUUGUUAGUGCAGAUGCGGUCAGACCAAACAAUGAUGAAAACCAAUCUCCUGUAAAAGAAGAACCUGUUGAUGCUGAUGUUAAUGAAAAUGACUCAGAUACUGGUAGUGAUAUUUUUAUGCCAGGCGGAAUAACUAUUAAAGCAACUGCAAUUUCCGAAAAUGUACAGAAUGUUAAGGAAAAAUGUGAUGAAGAUAAUAGUAAAAAAACUGAUGAAGAUUUAAAUUGUGAUAAAAUAAAUAAUGGAGAAGAGAAAGUUUUAUCUGCUAAAAUAAGCAAUGAAAAUACUUCUUGUGAAAAAAAUGAACAACAAGACACUGAAGAGGAAAAAAUGGAUGCAAGUUAUGAUGACGAAGAUAGUAGAUCAAGUUGUUUACAAAUUAACACAGGCACUCCUGAACCAGAGGGUGAUAAAGCUGGAAGUAAAAAUGAUAAAUUAAGCAGCUUAUCUCCAGAAAUCACAAAAGAAAGAAACAUAUUUGACAAUCCAGAUAUUUUUUCAGAAAGCCUUGAAGAAAAAUCUGAGAAAGUUAAAGAAGAGAUCAAAACUGAAGACGAAGAAGAUGAGCAUAACAUUUCUGAUGAUUUCAAAAUUGGUCAACAAGAAAAGGAGUCAAUUGAAGAUGAUGAAGAACCAGAUGAUGGUGUUACAGAACCACCAUGUUUUGAAAAUGUGGAAUCCAAUAUUUACCUAAUUGACAAGAAGAAGUCCAGAUUGAGUAAGGAAGUACGCAGAAUGAUUUGUGAAUGUCCGUAUGAGCCAGAUGAUCCUUUGUUUCUUGGUUGUGGUGACGAUUGUCUAAACAGACUUUUGAUGAUAGAAUGUCACACCCGCUGUCCUACUGGAGAGUUUUGUACAAAUCGAAAUUUUCAGAGGGGUUGCAAUUAUAAUUUGGAGAUUUUUAAGGCAGGGAAGAAAGGUUGGGGUUUAAAAACCAAUGAACCAAUCCAAAAAGGUUCCUUUAUAAUUGAAUAUUGUGGUGAAGUUGUUGACUACAAUGAAUUUCACAAUCGAACGUUGCAAUACGAUGCUGAGAAGAUGACACAUUAUUACUUCAUGACUCUGAAAACUAACGAGAUCAUCGAUGCCACAAAAAAGGGCUGUAAAUCAAGGUUCAUCAAUCACAGCUGUGAUCCAAACAGUGUCACUCAAAAGUGGACUGUUAAUGGAUUUUUGCGUGUUGGUUUUUUUGCUUUGCGAUAUAUUUCAGCUGGCGAAGAAUUGAGUUUUGAUUAUCAAUUCCAAAGAUAUGGAGAAAAGCCACAAAAUUGCUAUUGUGGAGCCAUGAACUGUAGAGGGGUGAUAGGAACAGAGCAAGUUAAUUCUUUUCCAAUCUACAUGGAAAAAAUGAUUUCUGACUCUCCAUCAAUGUCUUCCAAACAGAAAAAACGCAAAAAACAGAUGAAAGAGUUCUACGAUUCAGCGCUGGCCGAUGAACUGAACGAGCUCCUUGGCACUAAGUGGGAAUUAAAAGAAAGCAAGCACAGCCUUGAACUUUUACGACUCAUGGUGAAGGUUGAAACUCUGCAUGAACGAAAGGAAUUACUGAAGAUAUUGCAGUCAUCACGUGAUACAUCUGCUCUAAAGGCGUUCGUCCGUUACAAAGGCCUGUCUCUUCUGUGGACUUGGAUGGUUGACGCUUCUGAAGAUAAACACAAAUACAAAGUCGAAAUCCUAAAAACUUUAAAACAUCUUCCCAUCUCCAAUAAAAACGAACUAGAUGACAGUAAACUCUCCACCAUUGUGAUUAAAUGGGCUAGUGCCAAACAGGAGGAGGGUGUUAAACGUGAAAGCGGCUCUGAUGACGAGUCGCAAUCACCGAGUGAUAAUGAGGUGAAGAACGAUGAAGGGGGUAGUACAAGUCAAGACGAAUCCUCAAAGGAAGAGGAAAGCGAAGGAAAGAAAUCUGGGACAUCUUUAGAAACCGAAUCUAUGGAAGAAGGUGAAAUACUAGAGAACGAAGAUGCGUCGUCGAAUAAAAAGACAAAGAAGAAAGACAAAAUCACGAGGAAAAAAGAACGCGGAGACGCGCGAAUGCGUGAGAUUGCAUCACUUUCAGCAACUUUACUGGAAGACUGGAAAUUGUUGAAAGAGGUGUUUCGCAUACCAAAGAAAUCGCAAACGCCUGAUCGUCGUCCUAAAGCGGAAUCAGACGAUUCACCAAUCCCUGAAGAGAAGCGAUUAAACAACAAAGGGAUGGACUCGCCAAGCCAGACAAACACUCUCACAGCAACUGUUGGUACUCCUCCUUCGGCUAAGACAGUGCUUCCAGAUAGUACGUUUCGGUCACCCAGUAGCAAACAAAAACCGACACAGCUUUAUAAGGGAGGAGGGCUGUUGUCAACCCAUUCGUCCGAGAGUGCAGACUCUCCUUCGUCGUCCUCACAAGACAGGGGUGACGAUGCUAGAAACACGAACGAGAAAAACAGCAGGCGUAGCUGGAGAAAGUCACCUACCUCGACUUCUGAUCAGGUAGAACAUUCGCGUAGUGGUAGCGACUCUAGUGAUCGUAACGUAGCGGCUGAUUCAACUAAUAACAGCAGGGGGGACGGAGAUGCUGAUAGCACGUGGACAGGCGGAAGCGAUACCAGAGACAGUAGAAGAGACUCUGGAUGGUCAAGAAACAGGGGAAGAAGGCGCAGUUAUGACAACGACAACCGAGGCUGGAAUGAUAGAGAGAACGAUAGUUACAGUGGCGGAGAGGGAGAACGCCAUCGUGGUAAUUGGAAUUCAACUAACCGCGGUCGAAACAGGUGGAACGAUCGACAUAAUCGAGGUGGGAGACAGCACGCAGAUCGAGGAUACCAGGGCGCUUCUGAUGAGAGUAACGGAAAUAGUUGGAGAAAACACGGACGCGAUUUUUAUGACCCGCCGAAGAACAUGCAGCACCAUCAACAAUUCGGAAAUUUGAAUAUGCGUCCGAAUAUGAUGCCUGUGAUGAUGAAUCGUAUGCCCAACCAAAUGCGCAUGCCGAUGUUUCAAGGAAAUGGUAACAACUCAACAAUGAUGGGUCAACCACCAAACCAAAUGUUGCCACAGCAUCCGAUGUCCGGAAAUGCUCCGGGUAUUUUCCCUCCAAACCGAUUACCACCUCGUCCGCCUGGUAACCCACAAAUUAACACAAUGAUGCCCAACCAGUUACCACAUAGUUCACCGUUAGUCUCCCCAAUGUCUGCGUCACCAUUCAAUACAGCGCCUCUGCCUCCACCAAAGCCUGUUGGGCAGUAUUCCUCUCCUGCACAACCGGAGGUGUCCGCUUUAAACGUGGUAAAUCAGCUUCAACUACUUUUGAACGCAGAACGUUUGAAACAAGCGCAAGAGUUAAAUAAUACCAAGCCUGACACGCCGGAUUUCAGCCGAAGCUCAACAUCGGGCUCGAACAGCCCAACUCGGACCAAAGUGCCAGCCGUUUUACCUCCUCACUGGAAGACAGCUACCGACUCUGAAGGUCGAAUGUACUACUACCACGCUAUAACCAGGGAAACAUCGUGGGACCCGCCUAUGCAUAUAGAAGAAGAGGAGACAAAAGAAGAAAUGCCUCCGAAAAAAAUCAAAAAAAGGCAUUCAACCGAAGACCCGCGUUCACCACCGCAAUCGAAACAGUCGCCACGGAUAGCUGCUGCGGAUACAACACACCAUCACGGACCUCGAACUCCUCCUGGACCCCACUCAUCCCACGGCUCUGGCGCGCAUAAAGUUCGUGAAGCGUUUAAGGCCAAGAUGUCCUCUGUGGUCGUAAACUGCUUGAAUGCUUAUCAAAAAGUGGAUUGCAAACAAGGACGUAUAAAAAAUAUCGACGAUUUCAAAUUCCUGGCAAGAAAAUUAACCCACGGUCUCAUUAUGAAGGAGAUCCAACGUAUUAAGGACGAAGAGCGUUUAAUAUGCAAUGAUUCUGUGAAAGUGAAAGUGAAGGAGUACAUUAGAAACUAUAUGAAAAAAUUCGGUCCGUGUUAUAUCAGAUCGUAAAAUUUAUGUCGUCUUCGCCAGACAAAAUGGCGGUGUAUUAUCGAUUUUACUCGUUUAACAUCUGUGGUGGUGUAUGGAGUGCAAUGUUGUAGUGUGUUUUUAUUAAUUUGUUGAUUUUUCGCGUUCGUCAUGCAAGCUCGUUCCAAGGUUCAUCUGUUUUAUAUCCGUGUGAUUUAAUGCGACCUGGGAGCGAGGCUGCGCGAGUAAAAUGCAAGUUGAAAUAUAAUAAGCUGUAUAUAUUGUUAUUAAUUUAUAUUUCAACGUGUAUGACAAGCCUUUUACAUAGUAUAUUAUACUUCAAGAAUUUUCGUGUACCUUUAAUUUCUAGGCAUUUCAAAUAUUUUCCCCCCAGCUUACGGCUUGGGUGAUCAACGCAGCAUAAUUACGCACGUAAUAACGAGCACUAAAAAUCUAAGUGUACUAAUUUUCGUGUGUACCAGAUUUCAGGAAUUUUGGUCUGAUUGCGCAAAUUGAUUUCCGAAAUAUUUUUUAAAUCGUCAUUUGUGAAACUAAAUACAGGCGGAAAAAUAGAGGAGAAUAAAUGAUUUUUUUUAUCUUAUUAAUCAGUUAAAUAAUUAAUAAACGCGGAAAUUAGUACGCUUAGAAUGUUUUUAUUUUUUCCUCUGCUUGGUGCAUGUGUACCAAAAAUAUAACCCUUAUAAUUGUGGUGUUUGAAUUAUCGAGAAUUUAUGCUCACUUAUUAUUUUAUGUGUAAAUUUGUCUCACUUUAGUAUUAUUAUUUUUUGGAAAUCUGAGUAUAAUAACAAAAACUGUCAACGA